AUGUCGAACAUCAUCCGCGAGUAUCUCUCAGUGCCAUCGCCAGCACGAGUCGACUCUCCCAACCAAGUCCAACAAUGGCUCGACUCGCUCCUCUCCAGCGGCAUUUCCGCACUCGGCUCAGUCAGCGAUUCAAUACGCUCCAAACUCGCAACUGCAAUCCUCAACGACAUGGCGACAGCAUCAGGAACUCGUGAGGGCGACUACCUUCUCAACGCACGAAGCCAUGUUCGCUGGAAUGCAGACAUCCGACUCUCUGCGCUCAAGCUACUUAAAGAGCUCAGUCGUAUGCCCGGUGGGAGUGCCUCCUUGGGCAAACCAGAAGCCUCACGGAUCUUGUUACAGCAGGUAGACUUUCCAAAGCAGAGGGUAAGGCGCGCUUCCAUGUCGCUUUCUCAUUCCAAGCGUCCUAGCGGUAGUCGCAGAUCGCAAGCUGCAAGCUCAACUUCAUCGACGCUCGGCCUUCCGAACCACUCGCUCGGCUCUAUCGCAAAGACCUUACGCCGUGCAGUCAAGAGACGUGGCUCUGCUCAGUCCUGCCGUUCAUCAUCGCAAGUCAAAGAUGCUCCUUCAUCAGACAGCAGCAGCAGUGGUGAAGAGUACGAUAUCGGUCGAGACCCUGAUUGGGCUAUCACUGACUUGGCUUUGCGCUGCCUCAACAAUGCUUUGUUCCUCAACCAAGAUGCACGUCUCCCCUUCUCCAGUGACGAGGUUGGUGGAGGUCAUGUAGCUGUUGCGCUGCUUUCGAGACCCGAAGACACUCCUGCAGAUAUCCUCUUCCUUGGAGCACGGCUGCUAUUCUUCAGUACCCUCUUCCAGUCGCCUUUCAACAAGACCGCAGUCGCUAUGCUCAAUGCUGUCAAGAUCGAAGCUGUAUCUGUCCAUGCGCUGCUUAAGGCGAUACUCGACAAGAAGGCAGAUAGCAAUGCUGCUGAGACGGUGCUCGUGGCGAGUGGAAGCGAAGCACAGCUGAAUAUGGCGCUUUCGGAUCUGCUCAAGGCGCAUUUCAACAUCUGCCUUUACUAUCCCAGGAUCGCUGAUGCCGAGGCAGAGCAGCAGCAACACGCCGCCGAGGCAGCCGAUCGAACGGCAAGCAAAGCCGAGAGUGAAAAGGCAAGAGCCAUACUGGGAGAAGCAUUCCACCCAGAGCUGCUAGACAUGCUCCCUCCGCUCAUCUCGGUCAUCACUCAACUUCCCAUCACUUCACCAGUCCCACUCAUGCCACCUACCACACACGCCAUUGCUGCGCUUCUCAACUAUCCUCUAUCUCACGUCAAGAAGGAGCUCGUCAAAUCUCAACCACCACCUUCUUCCAUCACCACAAGCACCGGCAGCAGCCUCACUAUCCCUAUCUCCAAAACCUCGACCGAUGCAUUCCGCGCAGCACCUUCGUACAUCUAUCGACUGAUCACAUACUCCGACCUGAUGCUUGCACGCUACUUUGCCUCCGCCUCUACGGGCGAAAAAGGCAGGCGUGUUCCAGAAGACGUCGACUCCAAGUCCAUCAAACAAAAAGCUUCCGCUGACGGGGUCGAUCUCGAAGACACCCUCGAACCUCUCCUCCUACUCCUUCGCAAAAUUGCAGCUGAAGACGCCGACCUUUGCUCCACCCUCCACUCCAUCCUUCUCCCAGCCGACGUUGAUCGCAGUCUCGCCCUCGACCGCCGCAUCGACCUUCUCGGUCGACUUAUUCGACUUAUGUCAUCCGUCACUCUCCCUCGUCUUGCCCGCGCUUCGGGUGAGCUUUUGCUCUCACUCUGCGAAGGGAAUGCGAAGCAGAUGACUGAGACGAUCGGGUACGGUCCCUGUGCAGGAUUCCUUAUGAAUACGGGUCUCGCAUCUGCUCUUCCCUCGGAUACCACCUCUACUUCUGGUCCGGAUGGGAGAGCUGUGGAUCCGAUCACAGGCGAGUAUGAGCCAACCGAAGAAGAACGUGCAAUGGAUGAGAUCAACAGGAUGACAGAGGAAGAGAAAGAAGCAGAGGCCGAGAGACUGUUUGUAUUGUUCGAUAGGUUGAACAAGACUGGAGUCGUGCAGGUGCGACACCCGAUGGAAAAGGCGAGAGAGGAAGGGAGGUUUGAGCAGAUUGAAAAGAGGACGGAGCAAGAAGAGUGGAAAAGAGUGGAGAAGGAAGAGGAAGAGGCGGAAAGGGAGGUGGGAAGGGAAAUGGCGGAGAGGAAGAGGAGGAAAGAGGAGGCUAGGCUUCGGGCGCAGCGAUUGGUUGGGAAGUCGCCAGCAGCAGCAGCAGCAGCAGCAGCGGAAACACAAGCUGCUGAAGGUAGUGGGAAGUCAGAGUCAGCAGUUGAGAAAGCCGAAGACGUUGCCACGACAGAAGUUGCGACAGAAUCUACGACUGAGGCUAAGCUCUCCGCCAUCGAUUGA